CUGCUAAACCUCCGAAAUCCGCGAUGCUGAAAAGCUGCGGGAAGAAGCUUUUGCUGUCCCUGGUGGGCUCCAUGCUGACCUGCUUCCUGGUGCUGGUGGUGGACCAGCAGAAGGGGCAGGUGCUGAGCCUGGGGGGCGGCGGAGCCGGCCUCCUCCUGCAGCCCUUCGAGGGCUCCCGCGGCGACGCGCCGGGCUUGCGAGCUGCAUUGCCCUCGGGGCAGAGCCACCACGAUGUGCGGAGCUUCAGCGCGUACUUCUCCAAGCUGGCCCGGGGGAAGGCGGAGGCGGCCCCGGCGGUGGGAGGCGGCCCGGAGGAAGGGAGGGCGGCCAGGCCGCAGCUGGAGGACAUUUCGCCCCAGGAUGUCUUCAUCGCCGUCAAGACCACCAAGAAGUUCCACAAGUCGAGGCUGGAGCUGCUGCUGGAUACGUGGAUCUCGCGCAACAAGGACAUGACAUUUAUCUUCACGGAUGGUGAGGACGAAGAACUGAAGAAGAGGACAGGGAACGUCAUCAACACCAAUUGCUCUGCUGCGCAUAGCCGCCAAGCCCUGUCCUGCAAGAUGGCCGUGGAAUAUGACAAGUUCAUCGAAUCUGGGAGAAAGUGGUUUUGCCACAUGGACGAUGACAAUUAUGUCAAUGUUCGAGCGCUGAUCAAACUGCUCUCCAGUUAUCCUCACACGCAAGACAUCUACAUCGGAAAACCAAGCCUGGAUAGGCCCAUCCAGGCCACAGAGAGGAUUAGCGAGAACAAGAUGCAUCCGGUCCACUUCUGGUUUGCCACGGGGGGCGCUGGUUUCUGCAUCAGCCGUGGGCUGGCGCUGAAGAUGAGCCCUUGGGCAAGCGGCGGACACUUCAUGAGCACUGCAGAAAAGAUUCGCCUCCCGGAUGACUGCACCAUCGGCUACAUCAUAGAAUCUGUGCUGGGCGUGAAGCUGAUUCGGAGUAAUCUCUUCCAUUCCCAUUUAGAGAACCUCCACCAAGUGCCCAAGACAGAGAUUCAUGUUCAGGUGACCUUGAGCUAUGGGAUGUUUGAAAACAAGAGGAACUCCAUCCAUAUCAAGGGAGCUUUCUCCGUGGAGGAGGAUCCGUCCAGGUUCCGUACCGUCCACUGUAUGCUGUAUCCGGACACUCCAUGGUGCCCUCGCAAUGCAGUUUACUAAGAGACAAGGUGUCCCCUUCUUAACCUCGCCCCGAGUUUUCCCGGUAUCCGAAGAGCUCGUGGGACCUGUGCAUUUGCGUGUGUGUUUGUUUCCUUUGCUGUGAGGCUGUUGGCGCUUAAUUACUGUGGUUAAUUCACAGUGUGCGUGUGUUUUAUAGGCUGCUGUGCGGCCCCUUCUUCUCUCAACCGGCCCUGAGAUGCUGAGACGUUUUUGGGCUCCCCCUGCUAUUUGCCCCUGUUGAUGGGGCAAGCGGGUUUUACUCUGGGCAACAAGGAACUGCCCUUACAACCCCCAUUUCUUGGGUGAGUGGUUCUGGCUGUUUGUACAGGUGCAAACUGACCGAAAACCCCCACCUGAACAAGCAGCCUGGGCAUUUCUGAAUAUUGCUUUGCAGUGUUCUUGUAAGAAGUUGUUGGUUUGCUUUUCCACGACCACCAUUACUGCUGUGUUCCCCCCCCCGCCCCCGCUCCCUUGCUGCUGAAUUUGUAAAAGCAGUGUUGGAAUGAACGAACAAAAACACGGGGUGCAAUUCAGUCCAGAGUUAAAGCACCAAAGGGAAAAAAACAAAAUCAAAACCUAUGGACUUCACGGGGGAAAACUGAGCAUCUUCAUAGAUCUCACCCAUUAACGAUCAAUUGGGUGCUUCCCAUGUGCCAAACACUGAGCUGGGAUAUGCCUUAAGUCGGUGGCAAAGAACCUAUGGCCAUGUCCCAGAUGUGCUUGAACUCCCAACCAAGAAGCCCAGCAGCCAACAUGGCCAGUGGGCAGAGAUGAUGGAGAACUGAAUCUAGCAACACCUGUAGGACCACAGGCUAGCCACCUGUUGCUUUAAACCAGGUGCAGGGAAUCUGCAGCCUUCCAGAUGUUGGUGGACUACAACUCUCGGUCAGCAAGCAUAGCCAGUACUGAUGGGAGUUGUAGUUCAGGAACAUCUGGGGCUCCAUGGGUUCCCUGCACCUGCCUCAAACCUUUCACUGCCUUCCCUUCUCCAUCCUGGAUUCCUAAACGCCCCUUUAAUUGUUCCUCCCUGCUUAUUAGGCUCCGGAUAACUGUUCAGAUGAAGGUUUACAAACUAAAGUUUGUAAUUUUUUAAAAAAAUGCUCCUUUUUUGGAAUUUCCCCCCUCUCCAUAGUGAAUGAGUGAGUGUGUUCUGUAUUUUAUACAUAUAAUGCUCAGUUUUCUGAACUGUUGCUUCUAGAGCUGGUCCCUUGGACUCCCAGCUUUUAUGGUUGCACUGAAGGGAGAAAGUCUGGACUCAGCCUCUUGGCAAACUCUACUUCCUUGCCUACAGCUCAAUUGUAUGAGGAUUUAUGCUCCACCGAACAUGGCGGGGACUUCCUUGGAAGUAAAUAGGCGUAGGAUUCAGUGUUUCUCAAACUUGGGUACCAAGCUGUUGUUGGACUACAACUCCCACCAUCCCUAGUGAUCUGAACCAGUGGCCAGGGCUGAUGGGAAUUGUAGUCCAACAACUGCUGGGGACCCCAAGUUAGAGAAAAACUGAGUUAGCUUUAUGGAAGCACUGUAAUGUUUAGCAGCACAAUUUUAUAUACGUUUACUUGGAAGGAAGUCUAGGGCUGUUGAUAGGGACUUAGUCCCGGGUAGGAUUGUGAAUUCCAUACAAGUGACUUAACUUUACCCAACGGGUAAGGGUUUCCUUUACAGUUUAAUGAGAAGUGGCAUGAAUUACUAUUUUUCUGCCAUGCCUUCUCAUAUGCAAUGAAAACCUUUGGGGGGCCUGGUUUUGUGUGACUUCCACUUAGCAAGGACAGUCACCUGCCGCCACCUCCUCUCUUCCUUCAGUGCAACAUCUUUUGCCCACCUGUCGUGGAGCAUCUUCUCCAGGGGUGAUUAAAAAACAUCUUACCUGGUUGUCUCUCCUCUUGAUGCGGAGACUGCUGCUGUAGCCCAAGCGCUCAACAAGAGGUCACAUUCUCGUACGCAAGUGUCCAGCCUCUUGUGCAAAAACCAGGGGAGUGUCUGCUUCCUUGAUUCUUGGGCAUGUUCAGAGAACUGUAAGCUUCCAUUCCAAAUGGGAAGGAAAAAGAAUUGGCCCACACUGGGUAGUGUUUGUAAAUAUCUUAUUGCAACAGUGUUAUUUACUGUGCCCUUUUUGUGUACCUUUUGUAAAUUGUGGAUUUUUUAUUAAAUAUUUUUUUCCUGUGGAUCAGAAAAAAAAUAAUUUUAUAAAAUCUGUUUUUAAAAAAAUGAAAUGGGGAGGGCCAGGGAGUCUUUUGUGACUAUCACUUAUCCUUAAUUUAUAUGUCCCAGUAUCUGGGAAAUUGUUUGGGGUGUGUGUAUGUAUGUUGUGUGUGUUUUUAAAUGAGGAAAAUAGAGGGGGGGGAAUAUUACAAGGACAAAUGUUCUCAGGGAAUUAAACCUGAUUGUUACCAUGGAAACUCUGGUAACCAUCCUUUCUUUUGCUGUUAAUAAAGCAGUUUUUUGGCUGAUUAAUGUCA